AUGUCGACCCUCCUUCUCAAUCCUCUGUAUCAAAUUCUCAGCCUCGUCGGUCGUGGUGCCCGUCCUAUUGCUCCUGUCAUCAUACCUGUGGCGAUAUGCACUAUCGCUAUACCCAUUCUUCUGCUAUUUUCUUUAUCCUCAGGGUUCUAUGUCUGGAGGAGUGUUGCUGUAGGCUGGGAGGCCCCACUGUAUCUCCAAUAUGGAGAUGGCGGUCUACCAUGGGCCGAUGCCUCGUUGCCAUAUCUCAGUGCAUCUCAACCCUACGACGUCUCUCUACAUCUUCUCGUACCCACCACUCAGUCGAAUUACGACCUUGGCAAUUUCAUGACCUCCUUGACACUCAGUACGACUUCAAAUAAGACCCUCACUUCGGUCCGUCGCCCAUCCAUCGUACUGCCUCCGAAGGCUUAUGGGCUGUUGUCACGCACGCCAACCACUGUUGAUCUCGAGGUUGAGCUUCUCACAACAUACGUUACUGGCACCAACCACGUUGUGGCGCGAGUCGAGAUCGGGAGGAAGGAUGGGUGGAGUAGUAUCGGUGAGGGGCACGGCAAAGAGUUGAGCAUAUUAUCGGCUUUGCUCGUCGGGAAAGUGAGAUACAGAGGCAUACUUGGCAUCGUAUCUCGCUUCCCAAUCAUCACAUCACUCAUUGCCACAGCGACAUUCCUCACGAUAUCUGCUAUCAUACUCGCUGCCUGCGUUAUUCCGGCCGUUGCAUGGACAUACCAUUCCGAUGCACCUAGGCCUGAACCUCCAUCCCCAGCGUCGAAAUCGCUCAAGCGGCUUCCGUCGCAGACGUCUUUGUCGGAGAAGCGAGCUCGGAAGAAGACUUCAUUGAAACGAAGUAAGAGCUUGAACCGAGAGGUAUGUGAAUCAUUUUGUUUGACCUCAGUGGUGCGGGUCGCAAUGCUGAAUGUUCGUUGGAUUGGCAGGAUGAACCGUCGGUGUCGUUCAUGCCUGAGGGGUCGGAAGCACCGCUACAGAGGCGACGAUCACGGAUUACGAGCGAGAUAUAUUCUGACUCUGAGUAGAACACAGGAUUGGAUUCUGCGAGACUCUGCUCUCACUUAUUGUACGCGCAUUGUGGCUAAUUUAUGA